CAGGGCCUCACUCGUCUUUCAUAUCAUAGCUUUGAUGUAAACAAAAGACAAUUUUCCGGCGACGCACAGAAAACUAACAAAUAAUGGCCGAUGCGUGGGACAUAAAGUCGCUCAAGACAAAACGAAAUACGUUGCGCGAAAAGCUGGAGAAGCGUAAGAAGGAACGCUUCGACAUACUAUCUGACAAACAGGAGGAUCAAUCCAAUCCAAAAAAGGAGCUCGUUGAAGCCGAUGUUGAGGUGCAAAAGGCAGUACUGCAGGCGCUCAGUGCCAGCACUCUGGUGCUGCCAAUUGUCUCUACACAGGUGGUAAAUAAAGUCGGCGGCCUCAUGGAGAAGCCGCCAACCAUGGAAAUGGUUAACUUCAUAUUGGGCAAGCUUGCCAAUCAAGGGGCCAUCGGCAUAAGGAAUGUCACGAUUGGCACGGAAGCGGGCUACGAGGUGAUUUCCGUGCAAACCAAGGAGCUCUUGGAGAUUUAUGACGAUGUCAACGACAGUUGCCAGCAGAAUGAGGAAAAGGAUGUCAAGCGAAAGUCAGUAGAGUCCGGACAGGAUGAGCUGAGCGAUGCUGAGCGUUUGCAGUGUAAAAUGCUAAAAGUUGAUGCAGCUGCCGGCCGCAAGGAGUCCACCAGUCUGGAUGCCUCAGACGACAUCAUGAUGCUGCUCUCCCUGCCCUCAACGCGCGAGAAACAGAGCAAACAGGUUGGCGAGGAGAUUCUCGAGCUGCUGACGAAGCCAACGGCCAAAGAGCGCUCCGUAGCUGAAAAGUUUAAAUCCCAUGGCGGUGCACAAGUCAUGGAGUUUUGCUCACAUGGCACCAAGGUCGAGUGUCUCAAGGCACAGCAGGUGGCCAACGAGAUGGCGGCCAAAAAGAAACUCGAACGUCGCGAGGAGAAGGAAUUGCGCGGCGCUGAUGUGUCCAUUGGCAGCAGCACCAAGCUGACCAAGCUGGGUACCGAGGAUGCCGAAGAUGGUGAAAUCAUUGCCGACACCCUAAACAACUGUGAGGGUGAAUCGCAGGAGUCUACGGAUGACAGCGAAACUUCCGGCGACUCGGACAAAUGCACAAAGUUGCACUUUAAGAAAAUCAUUCAGUCGCACACGGACGAGUCUCUGGGCGAUUGCAGUUUCCUUAAUACCUGCUUCCACAUGGCCACCUGCAAGUACGUCCAUUAUGAGGUGGACACGCUGCCGCACAUUAAUACCAAUAAGCCGACGGAUGUGAAGACCAAGCUCAGCCUGAAGCGCAGCGUUGACUCCAGCUGCACUUUGUAUCCGCCGCAGUGGAUACAGUGCGAUCUGCGAUUUCUGGACAUGACUGUGCUGGGCAAAUUUGCUGUCGUUAUGGCCGAUCCGCCAUGGGACAUACACAUGGAGCUGCCCUAUGGCACCAUGUCCGACGAUGAGAUGCGCGCCUUGGGCAUACCAGCGCUGCAGGAGGAGGGUCUCAUAUUUCUCUGGGUAACUGGGCGCGCCAUGGAACUGGGUCGCGAUUGCCUCAAACUGUGGGGCUACGAGCGCGUCGACGAGCUGAUCUGGGUGAAAACGAAUCAGCUGCAGCGCAUUAUACGCACGGGCCGCACCGGCCACUGGCUGAAUCACGGCAAGGAGCAUUGUUUGGUCGGCAUGAAGGGCAAUCCCACAAAUCUGAAUCGCGGCCUCGACUGCGAUGUCAUUGUGGCAGAAGUGCGCGCCACCAGUCACAAGCCCGACGAGAUCUACGGCAUCAUCGAACGCCUCAGUCCGGGCACACGAAAAAUCGAGCUCUUCGGCCGGCCACACAACAUACAGCCCAACUGGAUAACGCUGGGCAAUCAGCUGGAUGGCAUACGUCUGGUCGAUCCCGAGCUGAUUACCCAGUUCCAAAAGCGUUAUCCCGACGGCAACUGCAUGUCGCCCACGGCGGCGGCGGUAAAUGCAAUUAAAAAUUAAACAAAAUACACGGACAAGGAUUAAUAUAUGUUAUCAAGGUUUUUAUAAAUACGAGUACGUUAAGAUUAAAGUAAAUAUUUAAAUA